CCUACACAUUUGAAUUGCGUCUUUCUUAUGUGUACUACGGUAAAUAUGGAGGCUACAUCAAACAGCACUCAGAGCAGCUUGUUGGGAUAACUGUGUUUUGGUUUGCAUUACAUCAUAAUUCAUCAUGAUAACUCCUGCGUUUGACCUGAGCCAAGAUCCUGAGUACCUGAUCCUCAGCAUCCGUGUGCCGUACACCAGGACGUCAGAGUUUGACCUCUGCAUCGAUGGAACGGAUUUCAAGUUCUAUGCAAAGCCUUACUUUCUCAGAUUAACUCUUCCUGGAAGAAUAGUAGAGGAUGGGAGGGAAAAGGGCAAAUUUGACAUAGAUAAAGGUCUUUUCACCCUUCAGGUGCCUAAGGAGACACCCGGAGAGCAUUUUGAAGGGCUUCAGAUGCUGACAAGUCUCCUCGCCCCUAAAGGCUCCCGAUCAGCAAAACCGCUGGUGGAAGAUGUUAGCGCAGAAUGCAGUGAAAGUGCAGCAGAAAAUGAAGAGGAAGAUGAAGAAGAAUUUGACUGGCAGGUUGAGCAGGAGGUUUACGUAGAGAGAUCUGAGGAGGAGCUGAGCGCCCUGCAGAAAUAUGGCUUUGGAAAUCAGAGGUCUGGAGUAUUUGCCCGAUUGCAGGAAGAACUCACCGACGUGAUCGACGUCAAGAACCCAGAAGGAACGUCAGCAGCAGAGAGGAGGCAGGAACGACUGGAAGCAGAGACAGCUGCCUUCUCUCCUGACCAUUAUCUGGCUGAUUUGUUUGAGGAUGAUGAGAUAAAGGCACUGCUGAAGUUUAAGCCAUGGUGGGCAAAGCUGAGCCCUUCUACAGAGCAAGAGGAAGAAUCCGCUAUAUCAUUCACCGAUGACGAGAAAGAGCAGCUGAGGAAAUUCACCAACCGCUCCUACCUGUUGGACAAGACGUCCCGUCACCAAGCAUGGCUCGGCCUCAUCGACAUCCUGCUGGCUUACUCCUAUGAAGUGCGCUCUACAGAAGGAGAGCACAAUGUGGAGUCACCGUGGACUAUCAGAAAACUCAGUGGGACUCUGUGCUGGCUGGAGACAUACAGCUCACUGCAAGAGGUCCUGGUGUCAUUUGGACGGAGGGUUUUGUGUUACCCCCUCUACAGACAUUUUUCUUUGGUCUCUGUGGCUGUUCAUGACACGACUAAGGUUUUGCAGUCAGGGAAAGCCUGUGUCCUCAAAUGCCUGUUGGAUAUUCACAAAGUCUUCAGAGAGAACGACCCGGCGUACAUACUGAACGACCUGUACAUCACAGACUACUGCAUCUGGAUCCAGAGGGUCAAGUCAAAAAAGGUGACAGACUUGUCCGCGGCGCUACAAAAAGCAUCCCUGCAUAAAAAAGAUCUGGAGCUGGAGCUUGAUGAGCUGGAGAACGCGGCGACAAUGGUGGCGGAGGAAGAAGAGCACAGAGCUUCCAGGAGUGCUGGCGUAUCCUGUGGUGACAGCAGCAGUGCCUCCAGUGACAGCAGCAGCAGCAGCAGCAGCAGCAGCAGCAGCAGCGACUCAUCUGAGAGUGAGGAAUCUGAGGCUGAAGGACAAGGCUGCACUGAAUCCGAAGAGGGAGGAGGAGGAGGAGGAGGAGGAGGAGAGGCGUUUAAGGACAACCCUCUACAGCACCAACCCUCCUGCUCUGUCUCUCCCAUCCCCCAGGCACCCACAAGCGCACUCCUCUCAGCAGAAAAAAAGAAGGUGAACUCCCUUCCUUCAGCCUCAGAAGGUUCCAGACAGCUGAUCGAGGAGCUGGGGGAACGGGUGGCCGAGGAGCUGAGAGUCUCUGCUGACUCCAGCUGCACAGCAGAGAGACGCUGUUCACAGCUGAGCGAUGCUGCAGCAAAGACUGAAGGAACAUCUGGGCGGAGCAGCAGUGGGACUUUGUUAGAGCCGAGCGCUCGCAGAAACCCUCUGCUCAUCAUCCAAACACAGGAAGAUCUCAGUGAUCUUGAGAGGGACUUCAUCAGUUGAUAGCAAGUGUUUUGAACUGUAAAGUUCAUGUAAGUCAUUUAAGAAAAUGUUGUUUUUUAUGGUUUCAUUUAUGUGUUUUAAAUGUGUUAUUGCUUCUGUUGUUUUUUGUUUUGCCAAGCUAUUAUUUUAAUGUUUUACCUCUCCUCUAAAGGAGUUUGGUUUCCAUAAUGAAUUAUAUUUUAAUAAUUGAUGAUUUUGCAAAGCCUUAUUAAAAUUUCUUUUUCACAUUUCUAUAGAUGCUUUCAUAAACUUUCAAGCACCAAUAUACAAGAUUCAUAGGCAGCUUGACCUUUUUCCCCCUUGCCUGUCUAUAUUCCAGCUCCCUACUUGGUUUACAAAUACAUUCCUACUCUCUGAACAUAAAAUGUUUGAUUUGAUAUGAAUUAUUCCUGCUCCUUCUUAAUUACUGAAAGUAAUUCAACAGCGUCUGUGAGCUCAGUUCGGUGUGCUGGCAGUGAUCUGCCAACACUGUGGAAGUCCUCUGUUACACAUGUAUAUUUACAUAACCAAAUUUACAUGUUUAGCCUGCAUAUCCAUGUUGGGCUUUAAUAAACAAAACCGGAAAGCCAUUCCAGGAAACUCACAAA